CAGCACUGAUCAGCUGCCUGUAAAUGUCAAUUUUCAAUGAUUGUAAACAAUUUAUUAUUUUGUUUGGCACGUUUAUAUUGUUUUCGCAUUUUAAUUCCCAAAACAUGGAAAUCGACGAAAAUAAAUUAGGUAAAUUAUCAGAAGAAUCCUUAAAACGUAAGGAACGUUUGCGUCAAUUGCGUGAAAAAGCUAAUAAAUCUGAUAAAGACACAAACAGUGAAGAAGCAGAGAAACUCCCCAAACCUAUUUUCCGAAGUUAUAAACCCCAAAAUGAAAAUACAGAAGGUGAACUUUUAGAACAAGAGCCAUCUGGUGAUAUUGAGAAAGCUGUAGAAGACCAACUCGAACUUCUGCGUCAACCUAUGGUUAUUGACGAAAUUGACAUAGCAAAUUUGGCGCCUAGAAAGCCUGACUGGGAUUUAAAACGUGAUGUGGCAAAGAAAUUAGAACGUUUAGAACGACGAACACAAAAAGCAAUUGCAGAGUUAAUACGGGAUCGACUAAAGAAAAAUCAAACCGACCAAGAAUUCUUUCAAGCCGUUAAUGUUGGUACAGCGCAUGCUGGUGAGACAACAGUGGGUGAAGAUGAUUAGUUAGUGUUAAACAUCAUUUUUAUUUAUUAUAUAAAGUUUCAUUAAAUAACAGAAAUUGUACAAAA